AUGGUCAACAUCGCAGCUGGAGCUCGAAUUUUGGGUUUCCUGUUCGACAAAGACAAAUCAAUCUUCCCUUUCAGAUGGUCUUUCGAUGAGGGUAUUCCUGAAAAACACAUACCCGAAACCUGGGUCACACUUGUGAGCGGUGACGGUGGCAGCAUGGGACAUGCGAGCGCAAUAGAGCCCUAUAUUACGCUCUGGGACGACGAAGGGAAACGCGUUGGUCAACACUGGGCGGAGAGGACGAGGUUUCUGUGGCAAGGCGGCGACCUCAGCAAAUAUGUCUACAAAAUUCCAAAUGUUCAUAACAGAGAUCCGAUGGUCACUGCGAAAUAUGUUAUGAUAUCGCAGUUCGCGUACGACUCUCUCAUUUGCCUGGCAGCAGUUCAGGUUUCCAAUGGAAAUCUGAGCACCACCUGGUAUGGCGACCUUGCGGCCUACUGCGGCGCAAGGUGGUAUCUUAGCGAGCGCAGAGUCGGCAGCGCUUAUCCAAAGUGUGUAUGGCUGAGUGCCGAAGACGAAGCAGAAAAUGGAGCAAGAGCUAUAAGCUUUCAUGCCAACGAUAUGCUUGGCACCCCUUCCAAGAUUCUCCACUACCGCAUGGAUCAAGAAAAAUAUCUUUGCAGGAGUACACCACGAUUCAACUAUUGGAACAAUCUUCAACCGGACGGCACUGUGCCAUUCUACUUGCCACCGCUUCAAUAUGAGAUUGACCAAGAAACUGGAUUGGAGGGAAGGGACAAGGACCCCGAACGCGCGGUUGACCGGUAUAAGUGGGACAAGCACGUCUACAUAAAGCCAUCUGUUAAGGGCUUGCGCUCGUUAGCUCCUCGCGUUGGUAACUCAACUAGAACGAACCCUCAAAGACAGCAAGGAUUCAACCGUGAUACUAGCCAUCUGUUGGUAACGGAAUCAGAGGGACAUGAAGCAUCCCUAGUUUGCAACAGCACGACUUCCUACGGCUGGGAUAUAGCCUCUCUUAAGGAAAAGAAAUAUUGCGACAUGACUAUUAGGAAACUGUACGAUCUCUGCAGUUCCGUCUACACCAAAAACUGUUUUGAUUUGGAAAGGAAGAUCCUUAUUGGACACGGUGGUAUCAACUCUCGGGGAGAAGUGUCUUCAAUUGGAGUUGCGGAAAAAGCCUAUAAGAAGACUUCUCACUGGAAAUAA